AUGCCUAGUGGUGGGGUGCACCCUGACGACCGCACUGCGCCGGCACCCACUCACACAUCGACCGCACGCUUAGAGGCCCUUAGCAGCAAGAUUAAAGAACAGAAAAUUAUUGUGGAUGAUCUUUCUAACCUGAAGAAGAAUCGGAAAGUAUACAAGCAGCAACAGCACAGCAACAUAUUCUUUCUUGGAGAUCAAACAAAAAUGUUUUCUAAAAGCAAAAAUACAUUAGAUGAACUGACAAAAGAAUACCAAGCAUUAGAAAACUCAGAGACAACCAAAGUCAAGACACAGUUGGCCUGA